AGGAGGAGAGGCAGGAGAGGGAGGAGAGGAGGUGGUGCAGUCGAGCACACAGUCAGGAGAGUUCGGAGGCGGCAGAGAGGAGGUGACAGCGGAGAAUGGAGAGGAGCACGUCCGCGCGGCGAGCUUUGACCGAGGAGAAGCCUUUCCCUUCUGGAGCGCGCGCGCCGAGAGACACCGGGAGGAAUUAGCCGAGGGGGGAAGGAAUGGCCGAUCCUCUGCGGAGGACUUUAUUAGCCAAACUCCGGGGGAAGAAGUCCAAGAAAGGAGCGACGCUCGGCGGUGGAUUCGGCUCCGCCGCUGCGGCGAAUGGGGGCCACGAAGGUAAAGCAAAAGUUUCCGACGAGGCUAGCGGGGUAGUUUCGCUCGCGGGGCUGGAUCUCUCCGCCGAGAGAAUGAGCACCUACGAGAACUGCGCUGGAGGACAGACGCAGCUGAGCGGGGGGGUCGCGGUAGUCCCGCAGAGUUGCGCAGCUGAGUUGGCCGCCUCACCGCCGAGCAGCGGGGGCAGGGUUAACAAGGAGCUCCCGGGGGUCACACUUCAAAGUGACCCGCCGUUCGGGGGGGAGGAGGUCAGGAGCCAGCCGGGGUUCCCGCAUGUCCCGAGGAAACACUCGGUGUCGUUCCCGCGGCAGUGCAGGGUCGGAGACUCGAUCGGCUUUGGGGACAACCCCGUUUCACAAAGAGCGCAGGUACAGGCGGGGGCCCCUCAACCUACAGAGGGUAAGGGGGGACACCCCCCAGUGCAGGUGUUAGCCUUACAGGAACCCAGCAACCAGAUUUUGGAGAAAGAUGACCCCAACUCCAGAAAUAUGGAAGUUUUUACCCCAAAUCUGGAAAACUGGGGGCCAGCACAAACUUUCUUCCCAACCCAGUUACACAUUUAUGUGUCUCAGGAGGAGCCUCUGAGGUCCCCUUUAGACAGCGAAGAUGAGGAUUACUAUGACAAUGAAAUUCUACCCUUUUAUGAAACGAUGAGACCAAAAUUGGAUGGUGACAGAGUUGAGGGUUCAGAGCCCGGUCAGGGCAGAGGACAGGUUGAAAGCGCACAGGAAACGGACAGGCUCAGAAACCGGCUGCAGGAGGCCUAUUAUCUUCUCAUCAACGCUAUGAAUGACAUCAAUCUGGAAGUCCAGCAGACUAACAGUGGCUUAACUGAGCGGCAAGCCGCCUCCUCCUGCAGCAGCCGCUCCAGAGAUAGCCUGUGCUCCAAAAACAUUGACAGCGACUCCUGGUCAUCAGGAGGCGACCACAGUCCUCAGCAGGUGUCUGACACGGACUCGCUCCUGCUCUGCCUCGCCGGAGCUCUGGAGUCAAGGGCGAGGCUCAUCAGUAAGAGUAUGACAAACCUAUCGUCAACCAAAAGACCUACGUUGUUGCGUUGUGCAAGUGAUGGAGCCAUCAGGUAUCAAAGCGGGCCCUCAGCUUGUGCUCAGGCGCCCGAACUGCAACAUGGACAUGAUGACCAAGAGGCAGCAGAGACAAAAACGGAUGAUGGCGUCACACAAGCAGGUGAGCUGUCUGAACCUCAAAUGCUUUGCAGAGACGACAGCAGCGAGGAGUUACUUGGAGACUGUGGCGAGCAACUCAACGAGAGCAGCGGCUCGGUUAACAGCCUGACAGGGUCCUGCGACAGCAACUGUGAGACCCCGCCUCAUCCUGGUCAGGACGGCGAUCAGGACUUGGUUCAAGUCCGAGCGCGGGUGUCCGGUUCCGCCAGCAAAGCCCAUGGUGUUACGGUAAACAAGAUGCAGGAGUGGAUGCACAAAGGGCGCCUGCUGUCAUCCGAGAUGAAACAGCGGAUCGAGGGCUCCUCUCUCCCACACCAGGACCGCCUCCGUCCUCAGGCUCACCCCGUCCGCUGCAAACCGGCGCUCCAAGGCGGAAAAUCCGUCAAGGCCAAAUCGCCCCAACAGCAGCCAGCUUUCAUUGAGAAUGCCCAAAUGGCGCACACCAACGGCCGAUCCACCAGCGAGCUCUCGCCGUGGAGGCCGCAGCAAAUCAGCAUCACUGUCUCCAAGAAGCGCAACUGGCUGCAGCAGAGCUACCAGGCUAAGAACUUCUGCACCCGAGAGGAUCUGCAUGGGAUGCUGGGAGUUGAGGAGGAGGGCAGCCAGGGUUCUCAUCAGCCACCACCUCCCCCUAGUCCCUCCCCGGACGGUCUGAGAUCCUCAGCGGUAGCCCCGCCCCGGCCAGUCCGCCUGCAGCUACCUCAGAUGGGCGACGGUCAGAAAAAGGGGUCCCCUCAGAGUCGGAGCGUGGACUCAGCAGAAGAAAACGAUGCAGACGAUGAGGGGGAGAUCUGGUACAACCCCAUACCCGAAGACGACGAACCUGACGUCUCCCACCGACCCUCGGUGCGAGUGCUGCUCCCGCAGGACCCCCACAGGAAGCUAAGCAGAGCGGGGGAUGCGGUUCAGGGUGGGAGAAGCCUGGAGGGACACAGUGGAAGUGUGCCAGAGGCCCGCGUGGAAGAUUCGAGUCAGGGGAAUGCUGCACAUUCCACACAGGCUCCACAUCUGCACAGACAGAUGCUUGUGUGCAAACCUCAGGAGGAGGGAGGGGCUUCUGCAAGCAGACCAACAGAAUGUCUGGACCUGCCCAAUGUUGUUGGCUUCUCACCUCCUUCAAGUCCAAACCCGACCAAAAAGAGUAGCUCCAUUAACUGGUCCUUCCCAGACAAGAUCAAGUCUCCGCGUACAGUCCGGAAGAUCUCCAUGAAAAUGAAGAAGCUCCCCGAGCUCAGUCGAAAGCUCAGCGUCAAGGGAACCCAAAGCAGCAGCAACAACAGUAGUAAUGGAAGCAGUCAGCUGGAGCCCAGAGCCCAAUCCCCACGGGCCAACGGCAAAGGGUCUGAGGUUUUUGCGCAGACUUCCGGCCCUUUGCGGUUAGCGUCUUCUGGAGUGGGCCAGGCGAGCUGUAAUGUGAUCUCGCGCUACCACCUCGACAGCAGCGUGUCUACGCAGAAUAGCUACAGCAAGAAGAAAAAUAACGGCAGCUCAAAGUCUGCGAGUAAAGGAGGAUACCUGAGUGACGGGGACUCACCAGAGCUGGUGGCCAAAUCUGGAAAACAUGGCACUGCUGAGGGUAAAGGGGGGAGAAGCAAGGAGACGGAAGGAGGUGUUGGAAACUCAAGAUUGAACGGCACAGACCUGGACAUUGAUGCUUUCCGUCAUUACAGCUUCACAGAGCAGCCCAAGUGCACCCAGUACAUUUCUGGACUGAUGAGUCUUCAUUUUUACGGAGCAGAAGACCUCAAGCCCCCACGCAUCGAUUCUCGGGAUGUCUACUGUGCCAUCCAGGUGGACUCGGUUAACAAAGCACGGACCGCGCUCCUCACAUGUCGAACAACUUUCCUGGACAUGGACCACACCUUCAACAUCGAGUUGGAGAAUGCCCAGCACUUGAAACUGGUGGUGUUCAGUUGGGAGCCCACGCCCAAACGCAACCGCGUGUGCUGCCACGGCACCGUGGUGCUGCCGAGCAUCUUCAGAGUGACGCGCUUUCACCAGCUGGCGGUGAAGCUGGAGCCGCGGGGGCUGAUAUACGUCAAGCUGAGCCUGAUAGAGCAGUGGCAGAACUCGCUGGACGGGGGGCCUGACGCAGACCGGGAGCCGCAGGUGUUUGGUGUGGAGGCGUGGCGGGUGGUGGAGAGGGAGAACUCAGGACUGAUGGUGCCACUGAUCAUCAGCAAAUGCAUUAACGAGAUCGAGAAGAGAGGCUGCCAGGUGGUGGGUCUCUACCGCCUGUGCGGUUCUGCCGCCGUCAAGAAGGAGCUGCGUGAGGCGUUUGAACGCGACAGCUACGCCGUGGAGCUGAGCGAGAGCGUGUACCCGGACAUUAACGUUAUCACAGGAGUGCUGAAGGACUACCUGCGCGAGCUGCCCUUCCCCCUGAUAAACAAGCCUCUGUACGAAGCUGUGCUGGAGUCCAUGGCCACCAAGCCGCUGAAGAUGGGAGCGGCGGGCUGCGAGAACGAGCAGGCCGACUCGGAGCACACCGUCAGUCUGCUGGAGCACCUGCCGGAGGUGGAGAGGAUGACUCUGCGGAUGCUUCUUAACCACUUGAAGCGAGUGGCGUCCCACCAAGACGUGAACAAGAUGACGUGCCAGAACCUGGCUGUGUGUUUCGGCCCGGUUCUACUUAGCCAGCGUCAGGAGGCGUCCUGCCACACCAACCGCGUCUUCAUCGACUCUGAGGAGCUGGCGAGCGCUCUGCACUUCAAAAAGCACAUUGAAGUUUUGCACUACCUGCUGCAGCUCUGGCCAGUCGUAGACGCUCUCGACCCUGCGGUCUCCAACACUCCUCUGGUGUCCGACCUUCUCUCAGCUCCUCCCUUGCGGCGGAGAAAAGAGCGCCCCCAGGUCCUAAACCUCACCGAAGCGGAGAUGGCGGGUGUUCUGCGGCCCAAACCGGGGCGACUGGACAGCCCGAGCAACCGUUACGCUGGUGACUGGAGCGGCUGUGGUGAGAGUUACUUCCCCUCUGAAAUGCUGCUGCCUCCCAAUAAGGAGGAGGCGGACUACGACGACGUUCCCUCCGAGGACAUGGAGAGGCUGGAGGAGGUCCAAGAAAGGCAGGAGGAAGCAGUCGAAGAAGAGGAUAACGUCUCGGAGGAGCCGCUUCAGAAAGAGGAGGUCACAAAGGAGGAGGAAAAGGUGGAAGAGGAGAAUGAGGAGAACGAGGAAGAGGAGGACGGCUCGAACAAGAAGGAGCCGUUAGAGGAGGAGCAGAGGGUAGAGGAGAGAGUGUACAGCCACAUCCUUCCUCCUCGGCUACCUAAGGAGCACACCUACCAGGCGUACAUGAAAAUCCAGGACAUCAGCCCUGUGCUGAACAACAGGGUGAACCUGAGAGACCUGCAGGAGAGCAUCGACACCCUGAUAGGAAACCUGGAGCGAGAGCUCAACAAGAACAAACUCAAUUUUGGAUACUGACUCCCACACUGUCACACACACAACAUAUCCACUCCUGAAGCCCGAUGAGGUUUGGGCACCCAAUCUAGGUGCUUCUGAAUAGAGCCACACUGUUUCCAUGGUUAUCCAUGGCAGUGAGACAUGCGGUGCUGCUGUAAAAACCUACAAGAUGAGAUGACAAGAAUGAAAACUUGUUUCUAAACCACAGACAUUCCGUUAUUUUUAUCCUCGGCUGUCUUCACGUUGUUGAUUUGCGUCAGUGCAGCUUUGUGCUCCUUCUUGUUAUUGUUGCUUCUCUUCUUAUUAGAAGAACCCAUUGACCCUGUAGGGGUUUAAAAGGUGCCUUAAUUGUGUGAAGGUGGUACGUUGAAAGGAAAAUCCACUCUGAAACUAAACGCGUCCCCCUCCUACGAAUAAUGAAAAACCAAAGGGGUUCAGCAGAGCUCCGUUUAUUGAUCUAUUUCCAGGUACUUAUUCAACCUCAGUGGUGUUUUUUCUACUAAACUGAUGGUUGUAUUAUUUUAUAGUUUCCAACAUUUAUUGUCACAUUUCAGUCUUUUUGCCUGUUACAAAAGUUCUUGGCAGAUUAUCAAGGGCAAAGCUUACAUCCAGGAUAUUUACGUUUUUGGCAAAAACAAAUACCAUACUUUCCGGAGUAUAAGUCGCAGUUUUUUCAUAGUUCAACCAGGGGUGCGACUUAUACUCAGGAGCGACUAAUUUGUGUUUUUUUUAGAAAUAAAUAGGCUCAUAUAUUUUUUUAUUUUUCCUGUAAAGACCAGUUGUCCUUUAGCGGUUGUUUCUGCUAACAACCACUAGAAGGCGCUGCAUCUGGAUAUAAGUAUUUGGUACUGACAGCUGCAGAAGAAGUGUCGUCCAAAACAAACAUGAAGAAAAUAUGUUUGUUUUCUUCUUAAACUUUAAUAUUUCUAUAUUUCUUUCAUACAGAUCAAAAGAUUCACAUUAUUGUAUUUAUUUUAUUUUUUUUAAUUUAGCCACGCUUGGCUUGGUGGAUUUUUACCGAAACAUCAGACUUUUCUCCCAAAAGUGCGACUUAUACACCAAAGCGACUUAAAUAUGGGUUUCUUCUUCUUGAUUAGACAUUUUUUGCUCUUGUGACUUAUGCUCCAGAAAAUACGAUAAAUACAAAUAAAAGAUUAGAGAUAUGCCCAAACAUUCAUCUAAGCUAGCUCUGGUUGUGACUCAAGUUGUAAAUGAACCAAUUUUUUUUCUUUACAACUUUAUGACUUGCUUGUAAAACAAGCAUGACUAUGGGUACCUGGUAAACCAACCUGGUUUCAUGUCUUUUAUUUCCAACAGGCAUAAAGUGCUGUUGUUGAGUACAGAUGUCCCUCGUUUAUUGCAGGUGUUACAUUUUAAAAAUAACCUACAAUAGACAAAAUCCAUGAAGUGGUCAUCUUUAUUUUUUACAAAAAUGACAAAUGUCUUAAGGCUGCGAAAGUCCUCACUACACACUUUAUACAGUUUUCUCAGACAAACAUUUUUUCACACUUUUCUUGCUUAAUUAAACUCAUAGUUCAACCCUACCUUUAGACAUAAGCAUUCUUUAAUAUUGAUUGAAAAUUAAUUGACAUACUUUAAAACAAACAUUUUGGACUUUUUAUUUCAAAACCAUGGCUUUUGUUCUCCUUUAAAUGCUAUUUGCGCCGAUAAGUUGAUGUCCCUUCAGGGAGAAAUGCAAACUUAGAGAAAUGCUGUGUUUUUAUGUGGGGUUGGAAAAAUCGGACCAAUGACCUUCCAAUUCAGAAAACACUCAUGAACGUGAGAAAAUCGACAAAAUCUUCCAACACAGCAUGAAUGCAGAAUAGCUUUCUGCACAUAAACAAGGGUCAAUGCAUUCAUGGUGCACCAUCUAUGGGUAGACACCAGAAUUAAAAGAAAAACAAAGCAUUAAAAAGGAUCAUCAAUUAAAUUUGGCCCCAUAGUUUGCCAAGGUUUAAACUCUUAAAGUUCAACCCUUCCUAUUACAAAUAAGUCCAAUAUUAUAGAAUGAAAACAAAGAUCUGCUAACAAUUGAAGAUUUAUGUAGAUUUGGCAAACUGAACACAAAAAUGUGCAAAAUGACACUAAAAAAAUCUGCAGUACUUUAAAAGGUGAACCGCAAUAUAGCGAGGGACCACUGUACAGAUUUCUAGUUGUUUGAUUUCUGAUUCUUUGUCACAUUAGCUUUAAAUUAUUCUUUUUAUUUUAAAGUUUUGCAUAAUUUUGCAUUUUGUGGAAUUAUGUCAAAUUUGAGUGUUUGCAAACUAUUGGUCCUACUGUUUGCAAGUUUCCUUCCUAAACAGAAGAUUGCACAGUCCGCCAUCUUGACUAAUAUACAGUACAAACAGAAUAGAGGAACAAAAGAAAAAGUUAUAUAGGUACCAAUGCUGCUAUUCCUCUACUGUUUCCUAACAUAAUUAAACCAAGCGUUGACUGUAACCUGCCAGGACAGUGGGCUGAAUUUAAUUUCAGAGUGGAUUUCCUUUUUGAGGCAGCAGAGCUUUUCUAUUAAGUUUAAAAAUGAAAUAUUGUACAACGAAAAUGCACUUAUUUGGCAGGUAAUUAUUUUAGAGUUACUUUAGUGGAAGUGAUAAACUGAUAUGUUGUCCAAAUUAAAUUAGAAACAAUUGAAACCUCCUAUAAAGCAUGUAUGUAUGAGAUUUUUUGUGUUUUUACAGUCAUGUGACGACGAGCCGCGGCAUUAGCACCUGUGAAAAAGUUCAUGUAAACAGAGAAGCUUAAGUUGCAUUGAAUAUUUUCAUUCUGAUAAAUUUAAUCCUUCAGUUUCCAGAAGACUAAUACCAAUUUUUGGAGAGUUAAAAAAAGUGGAGUUUAUGUCAAAGUUAAGCAGUUAGCUUGAGCUAAGCUAAUUGACGGAAAGGAGAAAUUAGCUUAGCAUAGCCUAGCAAGGAAGAAGAAAUCUAAACAAAACAGCAGAAGUUAAUUUGCACAAACAACUGACUAAUGGAUUCAAAAUAAUAUUUAAAAAAAAAAGGAAAAUGUAACCAUAUUUUUUUUAUUUUACCAGAUUGAAAACAAACCGUUUAUUAGCAUAGCUCAAAUGUGGUAUUAUUCUUCUCAUUUACAGUAAGAAAAUAUAAGCUAGAGGUUCCAACAUUUCACCACCUCUCUGUUUUUUUUUGUUUGUUUUUUUUACUUUUCAUUAAAACAGUGAAACAGACAAUGUGAAACGCAUUUGAUUUGUAUCUAAGCGAGUGCCUCACUGAGGUACUUUCACUUAGCUAGCUGCCUAAAUCGACAAAGGAUGUUUUCAGCGAUCCAGGGAUUCAGAUUGAUCAGUAUUUAACCCUAUAUGUAUAUGGAUGUAACUAUAUAUAAAUGUAUUCGGAGUAUAUUACUUUUACUGCUACCAUUUCAGUUGGCGUAUUUAAAUUUGUGAUGACUAAAGUGUUGACUUGUAGCAUUAGCGGCUCGUCUGCCUGAACACACGUUAAUGUGCUGAACUAAUGGUACACUUUUAGUUGUAAAAAAUACAAUAAUCGUGCUGUUUCAGAAAAAAAGUAAUAUUUUUGUUAUACUGUGUACAUAUUUGACAUGGUUUUGUGUCUCUGGUGGACUCAGCCGUGUUUCUGACUUUUGGUGUGUGUGUUUUUUUUUAAAGGUACUGAACAUUGCAUGGUCAAAAGCUUUAUGGACCUAAGCGAGGCUCUACUCAUCUGCCUUUGUGUUUCGUAUUUAUGUGUAAAAUAAAACUAUUUUGUAAUGUAUGCUCAUUUGUUCAACCCCUUGUUCCUUCAAUAAAGAGAUGAAUGCA